AUGGAUGACUCAAACCAAACGUCUCCAGACAGGUUCAUCCUACUUGGGUUAUCUAAUGUCCCUUACCUCCAGGUUAUCUGUUUCCUCAUGUUCUUGGUGAUGUAUAUAAUAACAUUAUCAGGAAAUCUUCUACUGAUCAUCGUAGUGAGGAUCAGCCCAAAACUACACAGUCCCAUGUACUUCUUCCUGAGUAACCUCUCUAUUAUUGACAUAAGCUUCUCCUCCUCUAUAGUUCCAAUACUCCUUAUAAACACCCUAUCCAUAAAUAAAAGUAUUUCCCUAUUAGGAUGUGCAGUCCAGAUGUACUUCUCUUUAGCUUUAGGGGCAGCAGAAUGUAUAAUACUGGCCGUCAUGGCCUAUGAUAGGUUUGCUGCCAUCUGUAAACCGUUGUACUACAAUAACAUCAUGAACAAGAAAUUGUGCUUUUGUUUAGCUGCCGGGUCAUGGAGUGUGGGCUUCAUCAACUCCAUCAUUCAUGUGGCCCUCACAUUCCAACUGCCAUUCUGCAGGUCCCACCAUGUCAACCACAUCUUCUGUGAGGUACCUCCAUUCCUGCGAUUGUCCUGCAAAGAUACUAGGCUCAAUGAGAUAGCAGUGUAUAUCUCAGCAGGGAUUAUCGUUAUAUGUUCUUUCUUGUUGACCCUUAUUUCAUAUGUCCAUAUUAUCUCCUCCAUCUUGAAGAUCCGUUACUCCCAAGGGAGGUUUAAAGCUUUCUCCACCUGUGCCUCCCACCUCAAUGUUGUCACCCUCUACUAUGGGACCAUAAUGUUCAUGUAUCUGCAGCCACGCUCCAGUUACUCUCAAGAAACAGACAUAGUUGUGUCUAUUCUCUAUACAGCAGUGACGCCAAUGUUGAACCCUUUCAUAUACAGCGUGAGGAAUAAGGAUGUAAAAGACACCAUAAUCAAUCAUCUCAGUAGGCGAUAA